AUGAUUGUCGCCAUCAUUUAUUGGUCUACCACAGGGGUUGGGAACCCGCGGCUCGCGAGCCGCAAGUGGCUCUUCGCUGCUUCUCGUGUGGCUCCCGGGCAGAAAGGCAGCGAGGUAAGCGGGCGAGCAAGCAGAGCAGGGGCGAGCGGGCGAGCAAGUGAGCGAGGGGGUGAGCAAGCGGCGGCGGCGGCGGGCGGGCGGGCGAACAAGCGAGCAAGACAAGCAGGCGAGCGGAGCGGGGGCGAGGGGGAGCGAAUGGGGGCGGGCGGGCGGGCGCAGCGUUCUAUAAUUUCUUGCCUUUCCCCCCCAUGUUGGGACUGUGACCUCAUCUUGCAAAAUGUAUGUCAUAUUUCCAGUAGGCCGAAGCCUGCCCCACUGACCGCUGAGGUGACCAAAGCCGCUUCCUCCCUGCCUACCUCCUGGGACUGGCGAAAUGUUAACGGUGUGAACUAUGUCAGUCCGGUGCGAAACCAAGAGUCCUGCGGAAGUUGCUACGCCUUCGCUUCCAUGGGCAUGAUGGAAGCACGGAUUCGAGUCCUCUCCAACAAUACGCAGACUCCAAUUCUGAGUCCCCAGCAAAUUGUUUCCUGUACGGAGUAUGCUCAAGGUUGCAAUGGAGGAUUCCCCUACCUCAUUGGGAAAUACGCUCAAGAUUUUGGCCUGGCUGAGGAGGCGUGCUUGCCUUACACCGGCACGGAUUCCCCUUGCUCUCUCAAGAAGAACUGUUACCACUACUACUCCUCUGACUACCACUACGUUGGAGGGUUUUACGGUGGAUGCAACGAAGCGCUGAUGAAGCUUGAACUUGUUAAAAACGGACCGUUGGUCGUCAGCUUUGAGGUGCUUCCGGACUUCACUGCUUAUAAAGGUGGGAUCUACCACCACACGGGGCUGAUGGAUCCUUUCAACCCCUUUGAACUGACCAAUCACGCUGUCCUCCUUGUGGGAUAUGGCAGCGACCCGCGUACCGGUGAGCCGUUCUGGAUUGUGAAGAAUAGCUGGGGAGAAGCCUGGGGCGAAGAUGGCUACUUCCGGAUCCGCAGAGGCACAGACGAGUGUGCUAUCGAGAGCAUCGCUGUGGCUGCUUCUCCUAUAACCAAGGUGUAAAGCUUUAGUUGACUCCCUCCUAGGAAGUCGUAUUGCAUCCCCCACCCCCCUAGAAUCAUAA